AUUGUAAUUGCUACAAAUUUUACAUAAAUGAAUAGUAAUGAUUUAUUAAAAGAAAGAAAGAUAUAUUUGAUUCUUUAUUAAGUUUAUUUCUCUAUAAAACGUCACAAUAUAUCAAUUAUCAAUUAAGAUCAGUUAUAAUUCAACAUGGCAGAUGUACCUAAUGAUGCGCCUGAACAUUGUCCUGGUACUACAAGCAAAGAUGCAGGAAAAGCAUCUAUGUGUGCUGGUUGUCCAAAUCAAACAAUAUGUGCAUCUGAUGCCUUAAAACAAUCAGAUCCUGGUAUAGCUCUUGUAAAAGAAAGACUUUUAACAGUGAAAAACAAAAUAUUAAUAUUGUCUGGUAAAGGAGGAGUUGGCAAAAGCACUAUUACAUCUCUGCUAUCCAGAUGUUUAGCAGCAAACAAUCCUGACAUAAAUGUUGCAGUACUGGAUAUUGAUAUUUGUGGACCAUCCCAACCAAGAGUGUUAGGUGCAAUAGGAGAACAGGUUCAUCAAAGUGGAUCAGGAUGGUCUCCAGUAUACAUCGAGGAUAAUUUGUCCCUAAUGUCUAUUGGGUUUUUACUUGCUAGUCCAGAAGAUGCUGUAAUAUGGAGAGGACCCAAAAAAAAUGGAAUGAUUAGACAAUUUCUGUCAGAGGUUGACUGGGGCACAUUGGAUUACCUCAUUUUAGAUACACCUCCUGGAACAUCAGAUGAACAUUUAUCAGCAACAUCUUAUCUCAAAGAUGCUGGUAUUACAGGAGCAAUAGUAGUAACGACCCCGCAACAAGUUGCUCUAUUGGAUGUAAGAAAAGAAAUUGAUUUUUGCAGAAAGGUGAAUGUGCCAAUUUUAGGAGUUAUUGAAAAUAUGAGUAUUUUUAUUUGCCCUAAAUGUAAAGAUUCUGUUGAGAUAUUUCCUGCAUCGACAGGCGGAGGCCAUGCAAUGGCAAAAGAGUUAAAUGUGGAAUUUUUAGGUUCUCUUCCCUUAGAUCCACUUUUAGCUAGAUGUUGUGACGAGGGCAAAAAUUUCUUAAUAGAAGUUCCAGAUUCUCCAACUGUAUUCACAUUGCAAGAAAUUGUUCAAAAAAUUGUAAGAAAAUGCGAAAAAAUGAAGGAAAAAUGUAACGUUAAUACAACGUAGAAAUAAUGCAACUUUUGUAUCAUAAAUAAUGUACAUUAGAAUUGUGUAUAAAAUGUUUAAAAAUUAUUUUUCUUUAGAAAGUAUUAAUGUAUAUUUUAUAAGUUUAAUAAACAAUACUUUGCUUUA